AUACUUCUAAGGAGUGAACAGCCAUUAAACGGGAAGAAGAGGCAGCAUGAAGAAGAAAACAGCUAUGCAUUUACAUAUUUUAUAUAUUUUUACAUGUUUUAUUUUGUGUUUGUUGAUUUUCUAUAAUAAUUUUAUUGAGUGUAAACAGAGUCUUGUCUCUGUGUAUUUUAGUGUUGAUGAUGAGAGAUGAAUGAAGUGUUGAGUGUCUUCUCUCUCCAGUACAGCAGGAGGCGCUCUGCAGCUCUUUAGUCCGCCAAUAAACCCACUAAAGAAAGAAAGAAAGAGCUCGCGUGUGAUGUGUUUGUGUAUCCUCAGUGUUUUUCUCUCUUGAGUGUUUUAAACAGAGUCUUGUCUCUGUGUAUUUUAGUGUUGAUGAUGAUGGAUGUGAUGUGCUGUAAAUCAGUAGGAACUGAUCUGUCCAUGCUGGAUAUUGAUGAUUUCAUCACAGAAAUCUCUCAGCUGAAGAAAGAGGUGGCGUUACUGGAGACAAAGCUGAGGUUAAGAGGAGAUGAAGGACUGAAGAGAGAGGACUCCGAGCUCAGUCUGACUUUACUCUGUUAUACUGAGUCAAAGCACACAGACGCUCAGGACACUACAGUGUGUGACAGUAAUCAGGACUUACAGGAUGAUGAAUCUACUGAUCAAACCUCCACAGAGUCUCUGGAUUCUGUCUGUAACGCUGGAGAACAGCAGCAGAUCCUGCAGACCAAACUCAACAUGUGUUCAGUCAAACUGGAGGACUGUGCGAACCAAACUGAGAUAAAAAGAGAAACCACAGCCGAGGAAGAUGACACUGAGGAAGAUGAUGACGACAAUCAUUAUGAAGAUGAUUUUAUUCCUUCAGAUGUGAAGAGUGAGUCAUGUUGUGAAGAAGAAAUAAUGUCAUCAACAUCAAAAGAGCGAUGGACAGCACAAACUCAUUCCUGCAUCACCGGUGGAGAGACAUUGAGCUCACAGAGACAUUUAGAGAGAAAACACACCGAACAGAAACUCUUCACCUGCAGGAGAUGUAAGAUCAGCUUUACUACCUUACAAGAGAAGAAACUUCAUUCAGAAGAUCACAAAGAGACGAAGAAGCAGUUUCACUGUGAUAAAAGUGAUAAAAAGUCUUUCCACUGCAGUGAUUGUGGCUAUUACUUCAGCACCAAACACAAUCUUGAUGUUCAUCAGAGAAUUCACACAGGAGAAAAACCAUUCGAGUGUCCUCACUGUCAGAAGCGAUUCAACCGCAAACAUAAUCUGAAGACACAUGUGCUUUUACACACCAAUGAGAGACCGUAUCAGUGCAGUGAAUGUGGAAAAACCUUUAGAGAUUCAUGGUCAUUAAAAUCACACCAGAAUAUUCACUCUGAAGAGAAACUCUUUCAGUGUUCAUACUGUGAUAAACGUUACUGUCAGAAAUCUCAGCUGAUGGUUCAUGAGAGAGUUCACACUGGAGAGAAACCUUACCACUGCAGUGUUUGUGCCAAGAGUUUUAAUCAACGUGAACAUAUAAUGAGACACCUGAGAACUCAUACAGGUGAAAAACCUUACAAAUGCUCUCAGUGUGAGAAGACGUUUGCUCAGUCAGGUCACUUAAAAGCCCAUCAGAGAGUUCACACUGGAGAGAAACCUUACGUCUGCUCUCAAUGUGGAAAAAGCUUCUCACAUCACAGUGCCUUCAGACAUCAUCAGAUAGUUCACACUGGAGAGAAAUCUCAUCACUGUAAUGUUUGUGAAAAGAGUUUUAAUCAACGUAGCAAUUUAGUGAAACAUCAGAGAACUCAUACAGGUGAAAAACCUUACAAAUGCUCUCAUUGUGAGAAGACGUUUACUCAGUCUGGUAACUUACAAAUACAUCAGAGAGUUCAUACUGGAGAGAAACCUUAUAUCUGCUCUCAAUGUGGUAAGAGCUUCUUUAAUCAAACUUCUUUCAGCUAUCAUCAGAGAACUCAUACAGGUGAAAAACCUUAUAAAUGCUCUCAUUGUGAGAAGAUGUUUACUAAGUUAAGUAACUUAAAAAUCCAUGAAAGAGUUCACACUGGAGAGAAACCUUACGUCUGCUCCAUCUGUGGAGAGAGAUUCACUAAAGUAGGACAUUUAAAGACUCAUCAGAAGAAACAUACUGAACAACAAACUGAUCUGUGAAAUAAACUUUUUCGCCAAACAAUAACUAAUAGUUUAUAUAUAAAUUAUUAUUUGUAUAUUCAUUUUAAUAUUUUUAUUAAUUAUUUAUUAAUUGUAAAUCAUAUUCACUUUAGCUUUUACUUUUAACAUACUUUUUUUUAACUAUCAGUUGAAACUGUAAACAUUAGUCAAUGCACCAUAAACUAACAUGAAUAACUGUACUGAGUCUGACAUAAACACGAAUGCUGAAAACUAUAUUGUUAAUUGUUUGUUCAUGUUAUAUAAUGCAUUUACUAAUGUUAACAAACACAACCUUAUUGUAAAGUGUUACAGAUUUUUUUAUUUCAUAUUAUUCAGGAGAGAUAAACAAAUAUUUUGUCUUACAGUCACAGCUCUAAUAUAGCAUAUGCAUGAAUAUAAACCUUGACCGACCAACUGUCAAACUUGUGUACUAUUCACACAAGAUGUCUGUAACCAACCACAGUGACUGAUGUAAAUUUAAUGACUCUACCUUUAUUACGAAGUAUUACUUUACCAUAGAGGCAGUUCUGAGCUGUUAUUGUAUGCACAAUGUUGCAAUUAAAACCAACACAACAACACUCAGAUGGAUAUAUUACACAAGAACAUUCACUGUUGGAUGUAGACAUCCAUAAAAACUUGUAUGUAAGAUAUCACAUUAUAAUGUAGCACAGCUAUUGUAAAGGGAGAUAUAAAGCCAUUCGCCGACUUCUCCGUUGAGGCUACAUUAACACAGUGGCAGGACGGCAUCAAGGCCAUCCGAAUUCAGUGUUAGGUUUACUUCUUGACUCUUACGAUACCUCCAUCGUUCUGUCCCACAUUUCUAUGCGUGUGUGCACAUGUGGAAUGUGAUUGAUCGAGCCUGGUCGAUUUUGAAAAAAUAAAAUGGCGGCCAAGAAAGCGGCUGGAGCACAAAUUUAGUGUGAAUAAAUGUAUAUUUGAACUUUUUACACCUUUUAAUUGCAUUUCUAGUGAGAAAUUAGUAUUGUAGUUUUCAAUUAUGUGAUGAAUUAUCAAAGGCGCUCUCUGUUUAUUUUUCCAAGCACUCUGCCUAUGAAGUGUGUCCGAAAGCGUUUCUCUGAGAUGCCUUCAUGUUUCCGAAGUCAUUGCUCGUGAGGCAGCGAGGCCAACGUUCCAAUAUGGUUCCCAUUUGGUUAUUUUUCUGCCAUGUGUGUGUUUACUACUGCUGCUAUGUUAUCCCUCCAUUUUUUUUGGAGGGAUUACGUGAAAGCAUCAAUAAAUACAUUGUAUUCUUUCAAUAGUAGCCAAGUCUGAUGCAAGGGCACCUCUUAUGUAUGUUAAAGUCACAAUGAAAGUAAAAUAAAAAACUGUAAUUUGUUUUGUAAUAUUGCGGUGUUUUUUUACAAAUGAUUUAUCUGUGAGCUUCAUUAUUUUUUAUAAAUUCAUGUGCCCUCAUAAUCUUUAAUCAAAAAUGCAAAUCUCCUCCUUUCCUAAAAACAAUCUCUCUUUACUUCCGGUCAUAAUGUAUGGCAGAUGGGCGGGGUCCGGGAGAAUAUCGCUGCGAUUAGCAAUUAGCAACACGACCCAACUAUAAAUGAUCCAAUCAGAUCUCGAUGGACAAAUUGAAAUCCAGCCCUGCCUUAUUUUAUUUCAGAGCCCGGUUUUACUCGGAUACACGUCACCACGGGGAAAAUUAGGCAAUUGAUACUUUCGUUUCAUGGCGACUUUAAACUUCAUAAAGGCGGAUGACAUCAAAGUAGCGCGAGGGCAAUUUGAGAAAUCAUACAGAAGAGUUUGCUUUCGAAUUGCUCUUGUGGCACUUCAUCCACCUAUCGGUUCUUGUGGUGUAGCGUGAAGUCGAAAACACGUGUAAAUUAUCCCUAUUAGUAAUGUUCCUAUGUUCUCUGUGGAUAAAUAUAAACAUGUCCUUACAGUUUCACUGGAAAAAUUGUAACGCAGUCACAGUGAAUUGUAAUAAUUAUUUGCGUGUAUUUUUGAAUAUGGCUACUUCUGCAUAAAAACUGCACUACGACAAAAGGUUAGGUGGGAAACAUGUUAUAUAAAAAGAUGUAAAUAAAUACAUGCCAUCUCAUGACAGGCUUUCUGGU